AUGGAUCCAACUGCUCUUAUACUACCGAAUGCUACCCUUUUUGCAGGUAACUUUCAGUUUUUUUUCUCGAACCAAAAAAUCCCAAACUCAUACCAACUAUUCAGAAUCCCAUCACACGCCUCUAAUCAAAAUCUUCAUCGAAAAUUCUCGGAAUCUACCAUCCGAUUUUGAAAAUGUGACUCAGGCAGUUCUGCUCAUAAUUUCGGCUCUAUUCACUUUCGUUGGUGCUCGAAUCGCUCUACAUUUGUCGUGAGUUACAACUCAAUAAUCUUCUGGCCGCAUAUAGAAUGGCUAUCACUGUUUUUGUAAAAAAAAAAGAAGAGAUCAACGACAGCCUGAAGAGACUCCAGGGAGGUGAAAGAGUGUCUAUUUCUCUGGCGUCUCUUUAAUUUUUAGCUGAUCUCCAACUCUCUAAUUUAUGCUCUCAAACCUCUCAAAAGCUUUAGUGAAAAAGGUAAGCGAGAGAUCAACGAAAAGUCAAGAGACGCUAGGCGACGAGACAACUUUGUUUCUCUGACGUCUCUUCUACUUGUUGUAUAUGCAACUUCCUAAUUUAUGCUCUCACACUUUUCAAAAGCCUUGUUGAAAAAGGUAAGCGAGAGAUCAACGAAAAGUGAAGAGACGUUAGGCGACGAGACACCUUUGUUUCUCUGGCGUCUCUCCAACUUGUUGUUGAUCUCCAAAUCGUUCUAACUCAUGUCUUCACAUCUCUCAAAAGCCUUGAUGAGAUCGAAAACCGGCGAGAGAUCCACGGCUAACCAAGAGACGCUAGGCAGAGAGACAGUUUUGUUUCUUCGACGUCUCUCCUUUUUUUGUCAGUCUCCCGCUUCCUAACCGGUGCUCUCAUAAUUCUCAAAAGCCUAGGAGCGAUUGAAAAACGGAAGCGAGAGAUCAACGACAAGUGAAGAAACGCUAGCCGACGAGACAGCUUUGUUUCUCUAGCCUCUCUCCUUUUUUGUCAGUCUCUAACUUCCUAUUUAGGCUCUCAAAUCUUUUAAAUGCUUUGGUGAAAAAGAUAAGCGAGAGAUCAAAGACAAGUCAAGAGACGCUAGGCAGCGAGACAGCUUUGUUUCUCUAGAUUCUCCUCACUUCCCUUAAUCUGUGGCUUCAAAAUUCCUUAGCGCUUCGCAGCCGCAACGCUUCAAGCCAUUCUCCAUGCGACCAACCUAAUUUUUCAGCGUUUUCCACUGGAAUCUACGCAUGAUCAUGGUCGCAUGUCUACUAAUUUGGGUGGAACUCGCCUUGAGCCGAACUCUCUGCUUCGUUUUCCAUUUCGAUUAUGUCUACUUGAAGAAUCAGAGUAUUUUUUUAUUUCAAAAAAAUUUUUUAAAAAAUUAUUUUAGAUGAUUCUCUACUAUCUCCAUGCGAAACCGACGGCUCUUGCAACUUUUGGGAAAAUUGGCAAACGCCUCUAUUUUUGGCGGCCUUUUUCCGAUAUCACUACCUAUUUUUCAUGCUUCAAUUACCGUUAUGCAUCGUUUUCGAGCGAGCUUUUGCGACUGUCUUUGUCAGGUGAGUGGAAAAUCAUGUUUAAAAAAGAUUUGUUAAGAAAACUGCUGAGAGUUUAAAUUUUGGCCAUAAAUCGGCCUUCAAAAAAACUAAAAUCGUAAACUUUUCGACGGAAGGAAAUAUCUUCUGAGCGUUUUUCUUCAAAUUUACAAUGAACUUCUAAAGUUUCAAGUUUUUCGGUUCUAAUUUUUGGAAAUAGUCCUUUUUCUUUGUUCAGUAAGUUUCAAUUUUUCUUUUCACUUCACUUAGAAAUUAUAUAGUGGUCUCUAUAGGUAAUAGGGGGGAACACAGUCCCUAUAGGGAACGAAAAAGGGGUCCCUAUAGUGAUUUAGGGUCUGAUUGCUUAGCCACAAAAGCUUAAGUGGUCCCUAUAGGAGUUGUCCAAUUCAAUAAAGGUUUUUUUUUCGGCUUUUCGCAUGGAAAUGCUUCUUCGCCCAGAGUUCGUAAAAUCGACUAGCAUGUCCCCUGUAGGGGCCACUAACUAAAACCCCUAAAGGGACCCCUUUUGCAAGCUUUAGUGGGCCCUAUUGGGGUUGGUAAAGAGUACCUUCAAAGGGCCCUGAGGCUGCUCCUCUGGAAUUCCUGAGUAACUCAGGUUUCGAAAAAAAAAACUUGGGAGUCCUUAAAAAUUUUUUCACCUAAAUCUUCCUUGAAGUUUACUACGGAACUUGAAAAAAAAAUCUGAAGUUUUUUCUGGAAUAAAAAUGACGGAUGGAGGCUUUACCGAUAAUUGUUUAGAUGCAGAAAAACAGAACCUUUAAAAUUCAAGUGAAAAUUCAAUAAAAAUCUACCAAAUCCCAUAACUUCCAGAGACUACGAGAGGAAACGUCGUCGCUGGGUUUUCUUCCUAAUAUCCGGCCUGAGCAACGGGUUUUCCACGUUUAUGGCUUGCCUAGCCGUCACUUCCAAUUUAAACUUCCAUCAGACCAUCAUAACCGUCUCAUUCACCAUGUUCUUGUCUGCCUUGGUAGGUUUUAUUCUUCUCUGACCGCACUUAGAAUGGCUCGUUUCCCCGACUUGAAACGGCUUGCGCGCUUUGAGCCAUUCCCAACACUUCAAUUACAGCUCUACCUGUACCUGAGCUACCACAACCUCCAACAACUGUUCAUUUUGGAAAAUGAACAUAUUUUCAUGUUUUUUAUAUGUUUUGACCGCACUUAGAAUGGCGGCUCGUUGCUAAGCGACAUGACCCGACUUAAAACGGCUUGCGCGCUUUUCUCAACCUCAACGCGACCGCAAUGAUUUGAGCCAUUCCCAACACUUCAAUUACAGCUCUACCUGUACCUGAGCUACCACAACCUCCAACAAUUGUUCAUUUUGGAGAACGAGCAUCGUCGGACCAACUAUUCACUCAGUAUUCGGUACCAGCUGAAGGAAAACGUCAAGACUUUAAAGGUUCUUUUUUCAAAUUGAAUAUUUCUCGACUCAUUUCUUCCAGUUGAUGCGCCAGUUCUUCGUCACAAUGUCAAUAUUCAUUCUAGCCAUGUCCUUGUCGGUAUAUAUCCCAGUUGGUUUUCAAAUGCCUCUCGAUGUAAUUAUUGCGUCACGACAUACGGUUGAUCACAUAUUUCAUGCGUAAGUGCUUAUAGUCCAUUCAGAGCGACUUGACAAUCUGCGUCCCUCUGUUCCCUCGCCGGCGAGGUCAGAGAAACAUGAAAAUAGCACGUAAGCAUGAGAGGGACGUUGAGAGACGAGGAGGGCGCAGAGUCGCAAAACCAUAAAAAUUCAAAAAAAAAAAUUUUUUCUUUCGAAAAGCCUUCUGGGUAGUUCAGACAGUUUCAAAUUACUUAUUCCAAAAAAUUUGCCUUUUCGCUUCAAAAAUUUUUUUCAAAAACCGUCUUAACUUAUCAAAACGCCUGUUAAAUACUCAAGAAAGUGAAAAAAAUAUUAAUAUUACAAUUUUGAAAUGAAUAAAUAAAUAAAAAAUGUAACUUUCAGCUACUAGAAACCAUUAAAAAAAGUCCUCAUUUUUUUCGAAUUUAUCAGAAAAAUUUUUCUCGAAAAAUCGUUCAUUUUCAGUAAGGAAUUCACUGAUUUUUUUGAAUUUGAAAAUUUUUUUUUCAGAAAUCCAAUCUACAUGGUCCCCACCGCAAUACUAACCGUCAAAGACUACCGAAAAUAUUUAAUCAAAAGAAAUUCGGGAAUUUUUUUCGGCCUCACUUCGACUAUACAACUUCGACCGGAACCAAAAGUAGGAAUAAAAAUUUUUUUUCUAAAAAAUAUUUCUUCAAAAAUAAGAGCCUUCCAGCUCAAAAAUAGAGAAAAAAAAAUAUUUUUAGGCAUUUUCAAACCGUUCGCUUUUAAAAACUUUCCAUACUUCCUACUAAGCCCAUUUCGCAUAGCAAAUUCGCUCUAACGCCAAAAAUUUCAGAUAAUCACAACUUCUGACGCCGACAUGUGCUUCGACGUCUUCAGAAGGACGAUGGAAAAUCGUUAA